AUGGGCGGGGGUGGCUUCACUGCCAACGCGAGCCGCAGGUCUGUGCUGAGCUCUAGGAUGAGAGGCGAACUGGAGAGAUAUCUGGCUGCCUCUGGGUCGCUGAAGCUCUGGGGCCACAUCUGCUACCUGUCCGUUCUGGUGACACUGAACGAGGUUCUGUACAGGAUUGUCUGUGAUGAGAUCACGGAUGAGGAUGUGGCCCGUGUGAACGGGAAUGUGGCGUUUGUCUGGGACUCGCAGCUCGGCUAA